AUAUUUUAUGAGUGAUUAUUUCUAGUCGUUAUUUACUCAAUAAUUCUGAAAAAUAUUGUCUUUUGAUUUUUGUUUAUAUUGAUGGUUUCGAAUCAUUUAUCAUGGCAAGAUUAACAGAUAAUUUCAUAGAUAAUGAAUUAUUUCAAAAUAUUUUUGAACCGAUCGAUCAAGAAUUUGUUCAAAUUAUUGAAUGGAUUUACAGUCUAUUGAUCCACCAGGAAACAAGCAAAACAUUUCAAAGAGAAUUUCUAUUGAUGACUAAUGAUGCUACUACGUAUGCAUAUGGCGAACAUAUAUGUUCAUGGCUAUCGUUGAAACAUGAUAUAACUAGACCACAAAAGAUUUCCAUUCUUGAUGAUAUGAAAAUUGUUCAAGUUGAUUCUGGCUUGAAUUUUGUCACCUUUUUAACUGAGGAGGGUCAUGUGUAUGUGGCCAGUAAUGUUUCUAAUUGGCAGACGAACAAUACGUGUCGAUUGAUCUCCACCGGUAAUGAUCGAUUUAAAAUGAUCGCUUGUGGAUUCAAACAUUUAUUAUUAUUACGACAAGAUGGGGUACUUUUCACUAUGGGUAAUAAUACAUAUGGCCAAUUAACCGGUUCUUUUUUGUCCUCAUUUGAAUCUAUGGUCAAAAUUGAUUUAAAAAAUGUAAAACUCAUAAUUUGUGGAAGAAAUCAUAGUCUUGCAUUGACCGAUGAAGGAAAAGUUUAUUCAUGGGGAAAAAAUGAUUGUGGUCAACUAGGUCUUGGUGACAAAAACAACCGAAACAAUCCUUUUCCAAUUGUAUUUCCUCAUGAUUCGAUCUAUAGCCAAAUCAUUGAUAUUGCUGCAGGCCCAUCUCAUUCCUUAUUCUUAUUGAAAAAUGGUCAGCUUUUGUCUUGUGGUUAUAAUUAUGAUGAUCAACCGACUAUGAUUCCAAACAAUUAUCAACAACAAUUUACGAUAGCAAACAAUAAUGAACAACCUAUAAGAUUCAACUCAAUGCAAUUAUUGAGCACUAGAUUGCAAAAGAAAAAAAAACUUGAAUCAAAACUUGAUGAUAUACUUCCAUUAAAACCUAUAAAAAUACCAAUUGAAAAUGUACAAAAAAUUGCAUGUUCGAAAUUCUAUUUCUUUUCAUUGGCACAUGAUGGAUCAUCGUAUUAUGUAUGGGGCGAAACCAAAUCUGGCAUAUGGUCAUCACCUAGAAAAUUGAAUGGUCGACCAAAAUCAUUUUCAGCUUCAUCAGCAAUGAUACUAGAAUCGCCAAUAACAUUUGGACUGACAUCAAGAAUAAAAAUAUUCGAAUUUCAUGAAUCAAUAUCAACCAAAUCAAUCAUUCGACUAUUUAAUAAUCCUGAUAAUUAUGAUGUCAAAUUCGUAAUCGGCGAUAGACGUAUAUUGGCAUGUAAAUGUUAUCUUAAAUCAGUAUCCGAUUAUUAUUGUUUAAUGUUUUCUGGUGCUUGGAAAGAAAAAGUUGAAGUAGAAAUUCGUGAUUAUUCCUAUGAAACAUAUUAUGCAUAUCUACGUAUGUUACACUAUGACUGCAUUGGAAUCAAUCAAAAUAUGAUCUCUCAACUCAUCGAUUUGGCCACUUGUUAUAUUGAUAAAAGGUUGAUGAAACAUUGUAAAACAUUCAUACGGGAUGAUCUUAAUGAACAAACUAUGCCAACAUAUCUUCAAUUAAUUAGCAAAUACGAAAUUAAGGAAUUGUACGAUAAACUAAGUCAUAUUACAAUCGAACAAGUGUUACCGAAAGUUACCGACAGUAUUCUGCAAAACAAUGAAAAUUCUAUUGAAUUUCUCAAUUGGUUUUACAAUCAACGACGACCAUUCAUAUCAAAAUAAUUCAUCUUUUUUUUUAUUCCAUGAAACUAAAAAUUUACUUUUUUUACUUU